GUUUGGAUCACCGCCUAGAGUCCCCAGAGCGUAAUUUCCUGCAAUCCAUGCCUAUAUAUUCCUUCCUCAAUGUACUUGCAUGAUCAUCUUAACAUUUGAAUUCAGUUCUUCAAUCAAAUCGUGCUGAAGUCGUUUCCAGAAUCCAUGACAAGCCGGAAGUCGGAAACGGAACUGCAAGUCCAUCCUCCUACAGUCCUACCCUUGCCAGAGACGGACCCGAUUUCCGAGUUCCGACGACCCCGGCCAAGAACACGAAUCGGAACGGAACACGGUUCGCGCUUGGCAAGUCGCGCACGAAGCGAUCUAGCUUUCACGUGCGUCUGCGUGCUCAAGCGGCGACCGAGCAAAGCAAGAAGAUCGAUCGAUGGCGGAGAGGCAGGAGGUCAUCUCCGGCGUCGGUGCGGCAGCGGCACCGAUGUGCGCCAACGGCUGCGGGUUCUUCGGGAGCGCGGCGACCAACAACUUCUGCUCAACGUGCUACAAGCAGGAUCACCUGAUGAUCACCAAGACCGCCGGCGCCGGCGCCGCUCCCGUCGAUGAGAAGAAGAAGAUCGAGGUCGCAGAUAAGGCUGCUGGUCUCGUGAUGCCCGAGCAGCUGGCUGGUGGUGGUGGUCAAGAUCCUGCCGCUGCGGUGGCCAUGUCGACGCCGGUUGCUCGAGCGCCGACGGGGAAGGAGAACGCGAACGGUGGCCCCUUGGAGACGCUGAUGCUGCAGCUGGAAGCGUCCGGCCGCCGCGGCCUCAUCGAGUGCGCCAACGCGUGCGGUUACUUCGGGUACCCAGCGACCAACAACCUGUGCACCCUCUGCUACAGGGACUUCCUCGAAAGCGUUCACUCCUCCCCUGCCGCGGCGGACAAGGUCGUCGUCCUCGCUGCCGAGCAGCCGGCGGCGGCCCAGAUCUCUGCUGCAACUUCUAGUGCUACACGGGCGGUGGAGGCGGCGGCGGCGGCGGCGUCGAGCAGGUGCGCGUCGUGCCGCAAGAAGGUGGGGCUGCUGGGGUUUCCCUGCCGCUGUGGCGGCACGUUCUGCGCGCUGCACCGGUACGCGGAGAAGCACGCCUGCGGCUUCGACUUCAAGGCGGCGGGCCGGGAGAAGAUCGCCAAGAACAACCCGCUCGUCGUGGCCGCCAAGAUCAACAAGAUCUGAUGCACAGCAACCAUGAAGCAAGAGCGUGCAAGGCUCCCUCUCUAGUGGUAGCGAUUAAGUCCAUCGCCUUUUGUGCGUAAUUUUUUUGUUAGGCGAUCAUCAUGUAUUUGGUGGCAUUGGAGUUUCAAAUGGCGUUCCAUGAAGAAUUAUUUCAGAUGUUAAUAUAU